GAGGGCCGGGUCUGGGGAGGCCAGGGUUGCCCGGCGGACCGCGGGAACGCGCUCCCGGGGGUGGGGACGCGAGCUCACGACUGCUCAAUGACAAAUCCAGUCGGAACAGCUGGGGUCCGGCCCCGGGACGGGGCGGGGCGCGCGUGAGAGCGGCGAGUCUGUUUGUGCGCACGGCCAGAGCCGCGGUGGGACGGGUCCCCCAGCUCUCAUCUGGGCCGUCUGUCCGUGUGUCAUCUCCUCAGAGCAGCAGGAUGGCUGCCAACAAGGGCAAGAGCCAGGGCUCCCUGGCACUUCACAAGGUCAUCAUGGUUGGCAGUGGAGGGGUGGGCAAGUCAGCGCUGACGCUUCAGUUCAUGUAUGACGAGUUUGUAGAAGACUAUGAACCCACCAAAGCUGACAGUUACAGAAAGAAGGUGGUCCUUGAUGGGGAAGAGGUCCAGGUAGACAUUCUGGACACAGCCGGCCAGGAGGACUAUGCGGCCAUCCGAGACAAUUACUUCCGAAGUGGGGAGGGCUUCCUGCUUGUGUUCUCCAUCACAGAGCACGAGUCCUUCACUGCCACAGCUGAGUUCAGGGAACAGAUCCUCCGAGUUAAGGCCGAGGAAGAUAAAAUCCCACUAUUGGUCGUGGGCAACAAGUCCGACCUGGAAGAGCGGAGGCAGGUGCCCGUGGACGAGGCCCGGGGCAAAGCGGAAGAGUGGGGUGUACAGUACGUGGAGACCUCAGCGAAGACCCGUGCCAAUGUGGAUAAGGUGUUCUUUGAUCUGAUGAGGGAAAUCCGAGCAAAGAAGAUGUCAGAAAACAAGGACAAGAACGGCAGGAAGAGCAGCAAGAGCAAGAAGAGUCUCAGAGAGCGAUGCUGCUUGCUGUGAGGCCAGAGGUGGCUCGGGCCUGGCUUUGCUCUCCCCAGCCGCGUUCACCGUCACUUCUCUAAAUGGGACAGAUGUCUGUGUGUCAGUGGCUGGCAGAGAAGUCGCCUUUGUGUGGUAGAUCUGCUAACUUCGGCAGGAGCUCUGAGAGUCUGCCCUCUCCCUCCUUCCCUCCCUCCCUCCCUGAACCAUGACAGCCACCAGCUCUGGGGGCCUGGAGAUCCCAGACAGCUGAAUUGGGAUGCCAAGAGAAAGUAUUGUCACUGUAUCUCAUUCUCCCUAGUUUUAGGACGCGGCCAUCUUUUGUUCGGAAAUUAAAAUGCCUCAUUUUAGCUGGGCGUGGUGGAACACGCCUUGUAGUAAGGCAGGGUAAGGCAGGGAGGGUAGCCUGAGUUCAAGGCCAGCCUGGGCUACCUAGCAAGAACCUGUCUCUAAAAGAAAAAAAUUAAUGUCUUAUUUUCUUAGAUGUUAGAAAAGGGUCUCUGGUAAGACUCCUUGUCAGUUCUUAAUCAGUUUAGAAGUACACAGAAAAAUCUAAGCUCUGGUAAUACUGAAAAAACAAAAGGAUUCUUUUCUUUCUUUUUUCUUUUUCUUUUUUUCUUGUUUUUUGUUUUUUGUAAAGAUAAACCUUGGUGGCUUGGAAGAUGAACGUCACUUGGGCCAAAUAGGCUGAAUCAAGCUUCCUGGCUUUUGAAGGGAAAGUGGGGUGUUGUUCUCUUCGUAUUUAAAUGCCAGCCAGGUGCUGGCCAUGGGCUUUCUCUCCUCAGCAUCCUGUGUAGUGAGGGAACUUUUUUUGGGGGGGGACAUAGGCCUGUACUCCUAGCAGGCUUGCUUUUUCUGACUGGGCCAUUUUCUUAUCUUCCGUUCCCCUCCCACACCAGCCUUAUCCCUGGGUUCCUCUCCUCCACCAGCAGAGAACAGGCGGUCCUAUUCUUUUUCUUUCUUCUGAAAAAUGUGACCAGUUCGAAUUAUGUCCCAGAACAUAAAGCGAGUGCCAGCCCUGGCCUGUCUGCUCCCUCUCUGGACUCCGGGUAACUCCCAAUUUACAAGCAGCGGAGGGAAGGCCCAGAGGGCCGUCCUCUGCAGCUCCCGGCAGCUGGUUCCGGUUCCGAUGGCGCUGAGAUGAGCCAGGUCCUACAGGCUGAGCCCACUCUCUGGUCAUGGGGAAGGGGAUGCUGGACAGCAGGCUGCCACGGAGCACACGCGCUCCUCCUGUUUCUCAGAAGUGAACAUUUCCUGUUGAGGUGCGGAACGUGAAUCUGGGUGGGGAGAGCAGGAACCCUUCACUUGGGUGGUUUUCGGAGGUUGUGGGAACAAAGGUCUGAUCCCUGGAAACCGAUCUUGUGUCACUCCCAAAGAAUCAUGGGCUUUUUUAAAUUAAAAAAAAAAAAAAUGCAAAGUA